CUCGCAAACUGCUUUCUACCUGCACAUCUAUAAUCCUGAUCAACAUCGGUACAUUAUUCUAGCUGUAGUUUCCUGGCUCAUCAGUAUAACUCAACACCUACCGUCAGUACCUAGCUUCUCUUACCUGUUACAGCCGUUUCUAUCCAAGCGUUGCUGCGCUAUAUUUCGCCAUGGGCAUAUGGAAGCGCGUGUCGGAAAAGACCAAGCAGACGCUGGGCGUCAAGGCCAACACCGUAGACUGGAAGCCCACCUCCAAUGCUCGCAACCUGGCUAUGAUUGAUGAGGCUCGCAAGUUCUCCAAGCAAAUAAAACUGCUGCACAGGGAGUUGAGGGAAAUGGAGGCGCGCAUAUCAGACAACCUGGGUGUGCUGAAGGCGGUCCUCAACUCGCCGCUGCCGCGCGUGUACGAGAUGUCGGACAAGGGGCCGGUGCCGGUGGACAAGGAGGCGGCGAUUGUGGGCGGCGGGGUGUCGUUCGAGACGCUCACCGCCACCGCGGGGGACCUCAAGGUCAAGCUGCAGCAGGAGGUGCUGCACCCGCUAGACCAGUGGCAGGCGGCGUACCGCAUGAUUAAGCAACGCAACCUCAAGUGUGAGGACCUGCGACUGGAGCUGGACGCCAAGAGGCGGGAGGCAGCAGCCAUGGCGGUCACCCUGGAGCGCCAGAAGACCAAGGCGCAGGCGGCCGACGAGAAGCAGGCGGCGGCGGCGGAGGCGGCCAACCGCGCCGCCAACGGCUCCGGGUCGCCCCCCGGCAACAAGUUCGAGGACGCGGAAUUCCGGUUGCAGAAGGAGGAGGACAAGGUGGCACGUCUGCUCCAGCGCUACCGUGACGUGGAGGGCGAGGUGUACUCCGCACUGCUCACCCUCAUCAACGACACGCAGGUGCUCAAACAGUACGCGGCGACUGCGCUGGUGGUGUACCAGCACGCCUUCGCCCAGGCCUACACCGCCUUCGACGGCUCCCCGCAGCUGCCGCAGUCCUCCUGCGCGCACCCCUCCGGCAGCACUCCCGUCAAGUCGCCCAGCAGCCUCACGCAUGGGCGCACCUCGCAGGGUGCUGCCAGCGCCUCCCCUGCCACCCCCGACCCAGCCGCCAACAGCAGUCCCCCCGCCGACAGCACUCCCCCCGCCUCCGCGCCCCCGCCACCCGCCUGGUACACGGAGGCUCGGCAGCAAGCCACGACCAUGAAGUACGACAGUGAUGACGAGAACUAAUCUUGAUCUGGGUUUGGAUCUGGAUUUGGGUUAGGAGCUAGUUUAAACUGUGAUCUUGGAAACGUACGUAUCCUGUGGGUGUGUCGGGUUGGUGGGAUAUUGAAUGCACACGCCCAGUCCGACGCAGGGGCUGAGAGAUGCUGUGACCUGAGAGCUGUGCUGCGAGCUGGCAAGCUGUGCCAUCUAGGCUACGUUUGUGGCUUCGUGAUUCUUGUGGUUGGGAGAGGGAAGGGGAAUGGGAAGGGGAAACCAAACGAACGAGUUCACUGCUAACGCACAAACUUCCCGGUAUUGCUGGGCGUCGCUGGGGCCUCCCCAGCGGCAGCCCCACCGCCGCCAACACGCCUUCCUCCUCAAGCUGCUAGCGCUUCUGGUUAGCGUCUGUGCCUAAGGGGUUUGUUGGCUAACAGGAGAGAGCCUGAAGAGCAGUGUCGGCUGUGCAUGCGGUGUUGCAUCGUGCCCCGCCCUGUGGGUCAUGAGAUGGGGGCCAGUUUUCUUAACACACGCGAUCCGGGGGAGCAUGCAUGCAUGCGUGCGUGUGUGUGGGGUGUGUAUGUGUGAGGGUUAUACAAAAUACACAGCACAGGCUUGCAUGUGAGUGAGUGGGGUGGAGGGCCCCCGUGCGGUACGUGCGCACAUGCGCUGUGCCGGGUCCGUCUGCUGGCUGGUGCGUGAUCUGAUCUGACUGUACCUCGUUAUAUGUGGGAUAUUGUGGAUGUGGAUAGUGUGGCACCGCAUCUGUGAGCACAGCAUUAUGACCUCAGGACGUGUGCAUGUGUGUACGUGUGUGAUUAGGUGUGAUGUGAAUUGCUUUACAUGUACCAGUACUCCCCCAAGUGGUCAUGCCGUGCAUAUGCUUGUGCGGUCUGGUGAUUUGUUUUCGUGGACCAACUCUUUAACGACUUGCUAUGGAGUUCCCGCAAACGUUUGCUCCACAUGGCUGGCUCAGGCGGCAACAUGUGGCUGGGUACGUGGAGCGGCGGGCAAGUGGAAUCAAUAACCGUGUGCAUUGUCCUCAGUGGUUGCGGGGAGGUGCUACACGUAUACGGUAUUGGAGGCGCAGGUUUGCGUCUAGGAGGAUAUCGCGCUGGCUUGUUGCCAUGUGGAGUAUCACCAUAAGUCAAUUAUGGCUAUAUUAGUGUUCAGCAUUAAAUUGCUUUCGGCUGGUGACCCAUGGGUCAUCGGGUCGUCCUUGUCCUCCCGGCGCAUACCUUACCACGCCCUGUCAAGGCCUUACGAGCCUGAUGUGGGUUGCGGAUGUUCCCG